AAGAAGACCAUCUCUAUGAAUUCCCUCUAUAUAAAUGCAUGCAUUGCAUUCUCCCUUCUGCACUUAGAAUACAAGAGCUUCUUCCUCUUCGAUCGUUUUCUGUUUUUCUGUAGGUUUAUGAGAAAGAGUAUGGCUGCUUACAUCCUUGUACUUGUCCUUCUUGCGUUCACUUGUUCUCCUGGACAUGCUUCUGAUCCCAGUCCACUACAAGAUUUCUGUGUCGCCAUACUAAAACCAUCAGUGUUUGUCAAUGGGUUUGUGUGCAAGGACCCAAAGAUGGUUAAAGCCGAUGAUUUCUUCUUCAGUGGGCUAGACAAACCAGGCAACACAGCCAACAAGGUUGGGUCCAAUGUGACAGCAGUCAACGUGAAUCAGAUACCCGGACUCAACACUCUCGGUAUAUCCCUUGUCCGCAUCGACUAUGCACCUUACGGUCUCAAUGCUCCUCACACGCAUCCACGGGCUACGGAGAUCUUGACUGUCAUAGAGGGCACACUAUAUGUUGGUUUCGUCACCUCUAAUCCUGACAAUCGCCUCAUAACAAAGAUCCUAAAGAAGGGUGAUGUGUUCGUCUUCCCAAUAGGUCUCAUUCACUUCCAGUUCAACAUUGGCAAAACCAAUGCAGUUGCCAUCGCAGGUCUGAGCAGCCAGAACCCUGGUGUCAUCACCAUAGCAAAUGCAGUCUUUGGUUCGAACCCACCCAUCUCUGAUGAUGUUCUCACAAAGGCCUUCCAAGUGGACAAGAAAGUGAUUGAUUUACUCCAGGCACAGUUCUAGACGAUGAAAUAUUAAAUAAAGAAUCCACUGAAACAAUUCUCAUGAUCCAUCAUGUAUCGGUCGUUUGUUUACAAUAAGCAAAGUUAAUUGUCUGUAUAUCAUACUAUGGUGAAAAGUUACCUUCAAAUAAGCAGUAUUGCAUGUAUUGAAAUAAAGGGUUUUCUUUGGUUGAUCCGGUA